AUGGAGUUUGGUGUAGCCGCGUUCAGCGCGGUAGCGGGUGCCGUCGUCUCGAAGAUCUGCAUGCUGAUGGAAAAGAAAUUAAAGAAGGAACCAGAAAUUAGAGCUAAUGUUAGGUUCAUCAAAGAUGAUCUCGAGGCGAUCCAAGCUGCCAUUGAACUUCACGGUCCUAAUCGCGAACAUAUAGUAUUGAUUGCACAACUGAGGCGCUUGGCAUAUGAUAUUGAAGACUGCAUAGACUGCUUCGAUGCCAACAAGACGACCCGCACUGAUUUUGCCAACCAGAUUGUUGACCUCAAGAAGAGAUCAAUUGAAACCACGGAAAGGAUUCACAGGUUUAGAUUCCCUUCAGAAGGGGAUGGCAAGAGGACUGCACAAGUACAAGAGGCUGCUGUUGUUGUUCCCAUAGAGCUUCAGAAUCUUGGUGAUUAUAACCUCAACUGCUUGCUAUAUUUGUGCUUGUUCCCUCGUAAUCAUCAUGUCAGGACUAAGCGUCUUGUAAGGAGAUGGCUGGCCGAAGGACUUGUAGUGGGAGAACAAGACGCUGUGGAGAACAUGAAAAUUCUCACCAACUCCAGUAUCUUCAAUUCCAUCCGGAGAAGCAGCAAUGGGGAGGUGAGGAGAUGCCAACCUACAGAUGUGUUGUUCCGGUACAUCUGCCAACAGUCAACAUCUGAGAAUUUCAUACUGUUUUGUGACGGCGCGCAACCAUCGCAGCGCAAAUCGUUGCAGGGGCAAGUGGCCCGCAGGCUAUCUGUCCAUCCUCCUGCAACUGGCCAACUGAAUCUGCCUCAGGAUUUAUCUCGUCUCCGGACCUUGGCGGUAUUCCCUGCUGGUGCGGUGAGUAUCACCAGUUAUGAAGCUGUUUUAGAUUUCACCAAGUAUGAAUUACUGCGAGUGCUGGACCUGGAAGAGUGUGCUCACAUGAGUGAAGGUCAUAUCCAGGCUAUCUACAAGCAGAAGCUGAUGAAAUAUCUGAGCAUCAAUUUAGGCAGCAUUCCUUCCAUUACAAGGGAAAUCAGGCACCUGGAUCAGCUAGAGACCCUCCAUCUGAGUGGAACCGAAACAGUGACGGUGUUCAAAGAGGUCCUCCUGCUGCCCAGAUUGAAGCACCUGUUUGGGAGGGUUCAGCUAUCGAAAACAGAUAACACCAUAUUGGGAUGGAGAUUAAAGAGGUUCCUGAGAGACAAGAGUGUGCUGGAGACACUAGCAGGAUUUGUCACCAGUGGGAGUCCAGGAUUUCCACAACUGAUGAUGCGUAUGAGGCGGCUGCGGAAGGUGAAGAUAUGGUUCAAAUCUGACUCAAGUCAGAAAAACUUGGAUGCUAUUUCACUGGCCGUUACGAAGUUCAUCCGUGAUGGCACCAAUGAGCCCGAUCUUAACCGGUCCCUAUCCAUGGACUUCCGGCAAUGCUCGGGAGAGUUCAUGAAUACUAUACACUCUGAUGCUAACAAGAAGGGCAGGCUUGACUCGCUCAAGCUGCGCGGCGUACUGAGCAAAUUCCCUCAGUUUGUUGCACAGCUACGUGCUGUGGAGGAGCUAUGCCUUUGGUCCACUGGUCUGAGCUGGACGGAUAUCCGAGACGGGCUGAGCACGGUGAUGGGACUGAAAUAUCUCAAGCUUGUUGAAGAUAACCUUGGGCGCGUCGAUAUACUGUCUGAUCACCUCAUGAGCGUUGAGCGGAUAUGCGUCGAGUGCAAGCAAAGCAUGGAAUUGGCAAUCGUAGCUCACCCGCUGCCUAAACUUGUGUCACUUCAUAUCCUCUGUCAAAAUCUGCAUGUUAUUCCUGGACCUCCCGGCAUCGACAUCACACGGAUGGACCAACUCAAAGAAGUCGCGCUCCAUCCACAAGUCGACCAAACAAUAAUAGAUAAACUGCAACAAGCUGCAAGAGGGCAUCGCAAUACACCAGUCGUUUCGCUAGUUGAAAGCGCUCAUUAA